GCGAUGGCGGAGCCGCAGACCGAGAUCGGGAACGAGGCUGAGAUAGACAUUCAAACUGAGGUCGAGCCCAAAAUAAAUAUCAGGACUAAGAACGAGAUAUAUAUCUAGACCCAGGCCAAGGCAGAGAUAGAUAUCUGGACCCAGGCCAAGGCCCAUUUAGACAUCGGGGCAUGUGCGAGUCCCAGGCGUUAAUGGCGGAGUCAGCGGCCACAGCCACAGGGAAUGCGGAGGAGAAACUACUAAGCCCAGGCCGAGAAGCCAAUUACCAGAAAUAUAUAAAAGAAGCCAAAGAAGCUACCAAAAAUGGAAAUCUGGAAGAGGCCCUUAAACUUUUCUAUUCAGCAAAAGAUGUUUUUCCCAAUGACAAGGUUCUGAGCCAAAUUCAGAAACUACAGGAAGCCCUGGAAGAGCUAUCGAUAAAAGGAGAUGAUGAAUUCGUUGACGUGUGCAACAGUGGCCUGAUGCUGUAUCGGGAACUGCAUGAUCGACUUUUUGAGCACCAGAAAGAAGGUGUGGCCUUUCUGUAUAGCCUAUAUAAAGAGAGAAGGAAAGGGGGUAUAUUGGCGGAUGAUAUGGGAUUGGGGAAAACUGUUCAGAUUCUUGCUUUCCUUUCCGCUAUGUUUGAUGCUGAACUUGUGAGGUUUGUCCUGCUGAUCAUGCCUACCAGUCUUAUCAGCACAUGGACCAAAGAAUUUGAUAAGUGGACCCCAGGAAUGAGAGUUGCAACCUUUCAUGGUUCUAGCAAGAAUGAACGUAUCAGAAAUCUAAAUAGGAUUCAGAGGAAGAAUGGGGUAGCUGUUACAACAUACCAAAUGUUGGUCAACAACUGGCAGCAACUUUCCCAGUUGGAUGGAAAAGAAUUUGUCUGGGACUACCUUAUACUUGAUGAAGCUCACAAAAUUAAAAGCUCUUCUACUAAGUCAUCAAUCGCUGCCCGAGCUAUCCCUGUGAAAAAUCGCAUCCUCCUUACAGGAACACCAAUUCAGAAUAAUUUGUAUGAGUUGUGGUCCCUCUUUGAUUUUGCUUGUCAGGGAUCCUUGCUAGGAACAUCUAAAACCUUUAAAAGUGAGUAUGAAAAUCCUAUUACUAGGGCCAGGGAGAAAGAUGCUACUCCAGGAGAGAAAGUCCUGGGGCUGAAAAUAUCUGAAAACUUAAUGACACUUAUAAAACCUUAUUUUCUCAGGAGGAUUAAAGAAGAUAUACAGAAGAAAAGUACCAAUAAACCUUUGAGCAACCUUCCUGAAAAGAAUCUAGAUGAUGACAUUAUCUAUGAAAUCCCUUCCCUUUCCAGGAAAAAUGAGUUAAUUAUUUGGGUGUAUUUAGUACCUUUGCAAGAAGAAAUAUAUAGGAAAUUUUUAUCCCUAAACCACAUCAAACAGUUAUUAACAGAAACACAUUCACCUUUGGCUGAGUUGACUGUCUUAAAGAAGUUAUGUGAUCAUCCAAGAUUACUGUCAGCCAGGGCUUGCAGUUUGUUAGGUCUCAAAGAAGGCAACUUCUCUGGUGAAGAUGAAAGUCAAAUGGCUCAUUCAAAUAUCCAGAUUGAUCAGGUACCUCAUGAAUCCCUAAUGCAAGAAUCAGGGAAAGUGAUAUUCCUUAUGGCUUUGCUUAAGAGAUUACAAGAUGAAGGUCACCAAACUCUGGUGUUUUCCCAAUCCAGAAAGCUUCUAGACAUCAUAGAGCACCUCUUAAAGAAAGAAAAUUUCAAGACUUUGCGUAUUGAUGGAACUAUUACUCAUCUUUCAGAAAGACAGAGACGAAUUGACUUAUUUCAACAGAGUCAAGAUGUAUCUGUUUUUCUCCUUACUUCCCAAGUAGGUGGAUUAGGUCUCACUUUAACUGCAGCAACUAGAGUGGUCAUUUUUGAUCCUAGCUGGAAUCCUGCUACUGAUGCACAAGCUGUAGAUAGAGUUUACAGAAUUGGGCAAAAAGAAAAUGUUGUGGUUUAUAGGUUGAUCAGCUGUGGUACAGUGGAGGAGAAAAUAUAUAGAAGACAAAUUUUCAAGGAUUCAUUAAUAAGACAAACAACUGGGGAUCAAAAAAACCCUGCUAGAUAUUUUAGCAAGCAAGAAUUAAGAGAGCUCUUUACAAUAGGGGAUUUUCAGAGUUCUGCAACACAGUUGCAACUACAUUCUUUGCAUGCUGGUCACAGAAAGACUGAUAAGAAAUUGGAAGAACAUAUUGCUUACCUCCACACUUUGGGCAUAGCAGGAAUUUCUGACCAUGAUUUGAUGUUUACACAUGAUGUGUCUGCUCCUGAAGAGUCUGAGGUAGGAGAAUCUCAGUAUAUUCAAGAGAGAGUUCAAAAGGCUCAACUUCUAGUUGCAUUAGAGUCUCAAAAUAAUGAGCUCUUACUAAAUAAUAACAGAACCAGAGUUGAGGAAACCCAAGUGAAAGAACCUGCCUCUUCCAAACCAAAGAAAAAAUGCUCUGAGUUUAAUGUUGUACAUCAUUUUUCACCACCUAUAAUUGUUGAUCUUACACAAAAAAACUUUCUCAAUUCUGGAAUGGCAAAUUUAAGUAUUAUUGAAGACAUACAUGGUCUCUCUGCCAGGAAUGUAGAUGUGUCUGUAAAACAAUCUGAUGUUCACACAUCAGAACAUAAAAUUGAUGAUGAACUUAUAACUACUUUUUCUAAUGAAGAGUACCAUGAAAUGGAAAUAUCAAAGACCAAUAAUCCUGAUGAUAGUAUUCAAGUUUUACUAGAUAACACUCAGGAAAGCAUAAAGCAGUUAGCUAUUGGAACAGCAAAAGUUGAUCUUGAGUCAAACUCAGAUCAAUUAACAAAUUAUGACAUUUUACUGCUUAUUAGUCCAGAAAAGUCUGUGGAAUUGAGUACUUCUCUCAUUAACUUAGCAGGCCCAGACCCAAGUGCAUUGGAGAAUUCUAGACCAAAUCAGGACAAGUUUGAAAAAGAAUCAUUAGCUUCUUCACUGCAGAAUGCUAGUGAUUUCAAUCUUUUCUUGGAAGACUCUCUAGAGAAUGUACAGAAUCAUUCCAAGCAGUCUUUAGAGUCCAUUGAAAGGGAAAAUAGCAUAUGGGAUUCAGCAGCUAAUCCUAAAGGACAGAGUAUCUUUGGGUAUCCACAGUUUGAGAAUCUCUCUGAUCAAGAAAGUGACCUGGAAGAUGAAAUAGUUCCUGUGAAAACAAGAUAUAAGACAAGGAGGAUUGUUUCAGAUGAUGAAGAUGAUUUUGUGACAGAAGGGAUAUUACCCCCUUUCCCAGACUCAUUACUAACACAAUUUAAUUCAACUCCCCAAAGCAAUAGAUCCCAAAAUGAAUUAUUUUCAUCUGAAAUAUGUAGCAGUGGAAAUAAUUCUGCAAUUUCUAGAAGAUCUCUGGCUUCAAGGAGAUCACUUAUUAAUGUGAUUUUAGACAAUGUUGAAAAUAUGGAAGAAGAUGCCAGUGAGUGUAAGGGUACAGACAAAUAUUUAGAAGAAGAAGAAUCAGCAGAAUAUAGUCAAGAGUCUGAACAUUCAGAAGAGGAACCUGUUGGAGAAACUUUAUUAUCCCUAAGUGAGAUGGGCUCUUUAUGCGUGUCUCAUUCAGACUUGGUGCAGAGUGCAUCUGGUGAAGAUUCACAAGAAACUACUGCACAUAACCCAAGUUCAGCUCCUAUGAUAGAUGAGUAUGAGGCUCUUGUUAAGUAUGGAAAGGAACUGAAAAAAAGUGGGAAAAUACAGGAAGCACUCAACUGUUUACUUAAAGCCCUUGAUUUAAAAAGUACUGAUCCAGAAGUUAUGCUCCUGACUUUAAAUUUAUAUAAGCAACUUAAUCAAACUUGAGAAUGUGAUUUGUUUGCUGUAUUUUAAAACCCAUUCACGAGUUAUCUAUACUUACUUUUCUAAUUCAGUUUCUCCUAAUUUUAAGAAGUGCUUUGAGAAAAUGAUAGAUUCUAGUAUAUUUAGGAUAACAAUUCAAAUAACAUGUUUAUGUUUCUUUUUUUUUUUUUUUUUGUGAACACUAAUUUCAUUUGUUACUCCCCUCAAUAUUGGUGGGGUGGGAGAUUGGAAUUUUUGCUGAUUAUUGCCAAGAGAGUCCAUAUAGGACAAUAUUGUUUUGUUUUUAAGUUCUUUUAAGUUUAACCCUUUCCUAAAAAAAAAAAAUCUCCUUGGAAGUUUGCAAUCUAGUUAGGAAAAUUAAAGUGAAUCUAAUUCAAUUAAAUAUUGUGUCCUCCUUGAAGUUGAUGAUAUUGGUAAGAGUGUAUCAAAGCAGCUUCUCAGUGGCAACCUGAACUUGAAAAGGCUGUAAUUCUAAAUGGGAGUGGGCAUUGCUGUUGCUGACACUUCACUGAUUUCUGAUUUGCUCAAUUUGUACUGAGGAUCAAAGGAACCGACACGUAAAACACUGUCCAAGCUGUUCCAAAAGUAAUGGUGUACUUCUGUUAAAUCUAAAAAUUACAAGAUUUAAAUUGAACUAGAAUCUAGUAUAAAUGCUAGCUCUUGUUAGAAAUUUUAACUUGAAACCAUCAACAUGCUUUGGAGUUUUCUUGAUAUCAGCAUUUUUUUUAACUACCCCAAGCUCUUCUUCCCAAAAUGAGUCCAAGUGGAUACUGGGCUAAUCUAGGGUUCAUUUCUACCAACUGCAGUCUACUCUGUUCAUCAUGAAGCCUUCCUUCCCAUUCUACCCACAAUCAUUCAUUAUGGGGGGGGGGGGAAUGAAUCUUUUAAUAUAUAAUUGUUCCCCAUCACUCAGAAAAAAGCAUCCCACUUGACAUCUUGCUCACUCCUCAUGCCCAAGAUCAAAGUUGGAAGGAGUUGAAUUCAGCCCCACAAUUAACAGACAGUGAGGUCCUGUGACUCAUCCAAAUUCA